AUGCCAAGCACGAUUGAAGAGACUCUCGACCGAGAGCUUGACGUGGUUGUGGUUGGCGGUGGCUUCUCCGGCUGCUAUUUACUACACAAGUUGCGUCAACAGGGAUUCAAGGUUCUUCUUAUUGAAUCAGCUUCGGGAUUUGGCGGUGUUUGGCGAUGGAACUGCUAUCCAGGGGCGCGAGUGGACACUCACGUUCCGCUUUACGAGCUCUCGAUCCCUGAAGUCACCCAAACCUGGAACUGGACAGAGAAGUUCCCCAAGUCGGCAGAGCUGGUUCGAUAUUUUGAACAUGUCGACAAAGUCUUGGAUCUGAAGAAUGAUUCAGUUUUCAACACCAAGGUCGUCAAAGCUACCUUCAAUGAUGAUGAUAGCUUGUGGACCAUCGCGACUGACAAUGGGACGGCGUACAAAGCUACCUGGUUCAUACCCUCUGUCGGCUUUGCUGCAAAGCGACUAUAUCCAGACUUCCCUGGCCUGGAUGAUUUCAAAGGAGUCGUGCACCAUUCUAGCUUUUGGCCCACCGAAGGUGUCACAUACAGCGGCAAGCGGGUCGGAGUUAUUGGUACGGGAAGCACCGGUAUCCAACUGGUACAAGAGAUGUCGAAGGAUGCUAAAGCCUUGACCCUUUUUCAAAGAACGCCCAAUUUGGCUCUCCCUCUUCACAAUGUCAAAUUGACACCGGAGAUGCAGGCUGAGAACAAGCCUAGAUAUCCUGCCAUCCAUAAACUUAGGCUGGAGAGCAAGGGUGGUUAUGACUUCAAUGCGGAUGAUAUCGACACAUUCGAUCACACCCCGGAGGAGCGAGAGGCGUAUCUUGAAGCCAAAUGGAAGGAAGGCGGUUUUCUACUAUGGGUUGGCCAAUACCGCGACGUGCUCACCAACCUCAAAGCCAACCGUGAGACUUAUGAUUUCUGGGCACGAAAGGUUCGUGCCAUGAUCUCCGAUCCUCAAAAGAGAGACGUGCUGGCACCUCUGGAGCCUCACCACCCUUUUGGAACCAAGAGACCUGCUUUGUUUAUGAACUUUUACGAAGCCGUCAACCAAGACAACGUUCAUAUCGUGGACGUGAACAAGUUCCCGAUCCAAAAAGCUGUUGGAAGUGGACUGGUUACAGCUGAUGGCAAGACUCACGAGCUGGAUAUCCUAGUCAUGGCAACCGGCUUCGAUGCAAUUACGGGCGGACUCAAGGCCAUCGAUAUCCGAAACGGCACGGGGGAAUCUUUAAAUGGAAAAUGGGCUAAUGGUACUUGGACAAAUCUUGGCCUGAUGACUGCAGGUUUCCCAAAUAUGUUCUUCACCUACGGUCCUCACGGCCCGACAGCGUUCUCUAAUGGGCCUACUUGUAUCGAGAUCCAAGGUGACUGGAUUGUUGAGGCCCUGGUGUACCAUCGCAGCAGGGCCAACAAGAGGAUGGAACCGACCCCUACCGCCGAAAUCAAAUUCAGAAACCUUGUCAAUGACAGAACGAACUAA